UGGUAGAUCGGGGGCGCCUUUCACGAGAAGUCUCGCUGAGGUCUCGUUUGGCCGUGUCGUAGAACUGGCUGCGCUUUGUGCGCUUGAUUUGUCAAGGGGACGAGUGCAGCCUAGCGAGAGGCAGAUCGGCCCGUCGCGCCGGAUGCCGCCACGUUAAUUCGUCUUUGUCGGCGUGAGGGGCGCCGAUUCGACGAUUAACGACGACCGAGGUGCCGGCGACGAGGUGCACGACGACGACAAGAAGUGUUGGGAACUUGGGAAGACGAGGAGGUGCGAAACGACAACAACGACGACCACGACGACGACGACGGGAGGAAGAGGAACGCGCGGCCGUCGGUCCCGUGUCGGCAAUGUGGCGGGCGUCCUGGGCCGCUGGGUGUCCUCCGGCGGGGGUGCUCGCGCGUCCCGUGACGGCCGUGGUGAAUCUCCGGAUCGAGGGGUGAGGAAGUCGACGUAGGAGCAGCUUGGGGCGCGCUCAGGCGACAGCUCGCGUGCGUGCGUGCAUUGCGUGCAAGCGAGCGGGCAAGCGAGCGAGUUUCACGAAAUCGCCCUUUCCGAGCUGCGCCGGAGGUGCUAGGAGGCCACGGUAGAUAGCCAGUUACCCUAUACGAUAGACCGCGACGAUGGCAUCGCAGAAUCAGGCCGCCGUCAACGUCACCUCGCCCGGCGUCGCGUCAGUAGCGACGACGUCAACGACGAUGACGACGACGACGGCGGCGAAUGGGCCGCCGUUGACGUCGGCACCGUUGGCGCCGGGUUCUACCGUCCUGACCAGCGCGGCCAGCGUCUCGGCCGCGAAGGCGCAGACCCUCGCCCCUGGCGCUCAGCCAUCGCAAUCCCAGCAACAACUGCAGCAACAGCAGGCCAACAACAUUGAGCCACUGGACAAGAGUUCCUCUAACACUCUGAAGCGUAAUCCAAAGAUGGAGCUGAGCAAAACUGAUUUGCUGAAGUUACUGGGAUACCUGGAAGGCGAGCUCCAAGCAAGAGACAUAGUGAUAGCGGCAUUAAAAUCAGAAAAAAUGAAACACCUUCUAAGUUCCCGGUAUCUUAGUAGUACUGCAGAUCCGCAUGCGGCAUUAGCUCGCGACGUCGCGAUAGUAGGUGGUGUUAUUGGCGUCGAAGGAAAUCAAAUUGAUCAACAAGUUGCUAGUCUAGAAGCACUAGUGACGCAGCAAAGAAAGGCGCAAUGUAGGAUGACUAAAGUCCUUAGAGAUGCUGAAAUUAGGCAUAGAGCGGUAAUUAAAGAAUUGGAGGAAGAGAAACGGAAACACGAACACGAUACUGCUCAAGGUGAUGAUAUCACUUAUGGUCUUGAGAAAGAGCGGACAAGAUUGAAGAAGGAAUUAGAAUUAGAGAAACAAGAAAAGAAAAGAUUAGAGAUGGAGUUAAAGAAAGUUACCGAUCAUCUCGAGGAAGAAAAGAAUCGACAGAAGCAGAUAGUACUGCUCCUCUUGGCAGAGCGUAAAAAAAUUAUUAUGAAAUACAUUGAGGAGAGGAAACGAUCUGAAGAUUUGGCUCAAAUACUAAGUGAAGAGAAGGUGAGGAUAGACUCAAUGGCUGAAGGCCUCGAGGAGGAGAGUAAAAAGUCUCUGCAGAUGGAGGCGGAACUGGAAAAGCAAUUAGCGCAAUUCGAUAUGGAGAGACAGCAGUAUCGGCAGGCCCUUGUGAAGGAGGAGAAGAGAGCGAAAGAUUUCGAAACAGAGUUGGAAAAGUUACGAGUUGAGAUGGAAACAUGGAAGGAGUCGCAGGCUCGCGGUUCUGCGAGAGGAGUUGGCGUAACUCCACCACCGCCGCCUGCAAAACCAGCGAACUUGGUCGCCAUGCCAACUCUCAGACCAGCUAGUGCUCCACAAGCAAUGAAAGGGGCAGUCUUGGGUACAGGGACACCUAUGGUUAGCAGUAAAGUUGUUCAGCCUACUGCAACAGUAUCCAGUGUUCCUGUUAGUGGACCAACGACUGGAAUUGCUAGGUCUGUAACACCUGGACAAGCACUUCGUGGAGUUGCAUAUACGCCUAAUUUAACAUCUGUGGGUGGAGAGUCCCCAGCUUCUUCAGAUACGCAGGCCGUAGACAAGCGACAGCCGGUUGUACCUGCGCCCGUUAGUACCGCGGCCGCCGCCGCGGCUAAACUUAUCACGUCGUCGCAAGCCGCCGUCGCCGCUGCGGGGAAGCUCGGCUUUCACGUCGGCCAGUCUUCGAGUCCUGCCGCCAGCCCCACUGUUCAAGCGUCCGCUGCUGCUGCUGCCGCCGCCGCCACCGGUGCUGGUGCUGGUGGUGGUGGCGGCGGUGGUAGUAUCCUGCCCGCAAAAAAGCCGCCGAUCUCGCGCGGCGUGCCGCCCCCGGUACCACCGAAUAAGCCAGUGGUACCACCGAAAAAGGAGGCGGCCGCUUAUCUCCGGAGACCGGAACUGCAGUCGCAAAGCGCGCCGCAACAGGACACCGUCAAGUACGGUGGUAAGCAGGCGGCGAUGAGUACAGCGGCGAGUGGAGCCGCUCCCAUGCAAGGGCAGCAGCAACCGCUUCCGGUGGGCGCCGCCCAAGCUGCCGCCGACGAAGAGACAAAGCCGCGUUGAUUUAGCGCUGAAAAAGAGAGAAUAAAAGCGAUACAUACUACACUACCGUAAUAGAAAAGAAAUCGAGAGACGCUACGUCGCAAAACUUUGGAUCUAUCCUGGGAUCUGCAACGGUGCAAGAGAUUCCGUAUUCACAUCGGAGACCAUUUCUAAGAUUGCCAGGGGGAGAGAAACGAAAAAGAGAGAGGCUCUCUGUGUACAUUCUAUAGACUUUCGAUAGACCGUUCUUUAAGGACGGCGGUGUGUGUUGUACAUUACAACUAGAUCUCAUCAUCGAUCGGCGGCGACGCCGAUAAAAGGAUUCAAGAUUCUAUUCAUAACCGGAAUGGCAUUCGUGUAAAGUUAUAAUAACCGAAGCAGCCGCGCGGAAACGAGAUAUUUCUCGGAUAUGUAAGAUAGCCGCUGUAGGUUUCUAGCUCAUUCUGUAUGGACAUUGACGAACACGAGUUGUUAUAGGGAAAUACGAAAAGCGUUACGAGACGCGGAGACUGUUAACGUCUCGCAAAAACUCGGCGUCAUGUAAUAUCAACUCUGAUUAAUUAGAUUUUCGUUUCCUAUUCAAGGAACGAUAACGCAAAAUGAGUUGAAUCCACCGUUUGCAAAUCUCAUUGGCUUUGUAAAAAAACAAGUUUUUUUAGUACACAUUUUUAUAUAUUUAUAAAUUUUUAUAUAUAUAUUCUGCAAUCUCUAGAUAUUUUUUCUUCUACCUUUUUCGCCAUUAUUAUAUGUACUAGAUAAAGUACAUAAAGUAACGUCAAUAAUCUAUAUCUUGUUAAGGAAAACUUGAACAUAUAGUGCUUUGUGAAUUUAUCACGGAGUUUAUCUAACAGCUAACAGGAUUCAAUCUGUUUCGCAUGAUCGUUCUGUAUUUAUAUAUAAAUAUAUCACGGGCAUAUAGAACUGUAACUCUAAAAGAAGAUAGUUAAUACUAAAAUUAAAUGAUUAAAACAUUAAAUGAAUUUAGUGAACUAAUUGAGGCUCAGUUAACAAAAUCGGAUUGUUGGAUGCAACUUAUAGAUGGGGAAAAUAGAAACUUUAUCACGUGCUAAUCACUGCCUUGUCUCACAUAAUCGCGUAUAUAAGCUACAAGCUUAGAGCUAUCUGGAAGGAACUGUUCUACACAUUGCCAAAGAAUAGGCAUCACUGUUUUUUCAAAGCACAAUUGAUUUUUAUUAUCGGGACUUAAGAAAGAUGUUUGAGGAAACGGCAGCAAAUGAAGAUCAGUGUUUUCUACUCAAUCCUUUAAAACCCUUGAUAAAAGAAAAAGACGGUUAUACAUUUGUAUGUACAUUCUAAUGUCUUCUUUUUUCACAUAACGAUUUAUUCAUAUCUCAGGUAAAAGAACGCUGUGUUGCGCUAAAAUGUACGAUGAAUAGAUGGAUUGUAGAAGUACUAAUUUCUUCUUCGUAGUUUUUUAUUGUCAUUAAUUUAGCACGAUAAAAGUUGAAGUCUAUUAUACUAAAAAAAAAGUAUUUAAUUCUAACAUUAAAACGUAUUAAUUUUGUAUCUAUUUUAAAAAUACUUAUAAAUUUUUAAUUUUAAAUAAUAAGACGUUUAAAAAAUUUAAACAUUUUAUUGUUUUAAAUGUAAACACUAUUAAAAAAAAAAUGUUUUGAAGUAUUUAAAAAAUGAAGUCAAAAAUAGAACACUUUAAUGUCUUAAAAUUAAAUACUUGUUUUUUUGAGUGCACGUAAAUCACGAACGUUAGAAAUUUGCAUUUAUCGAAUGAAUAAGCAAUGCAUAAUUUGUGCAUAAAUCACGCAAUUUAUCUUAUACCGUCGAACAUGCGAUUCUGGCAGCAUCUUAAAUAGCUUUUGUCUUUCAGAUUAUGUUAUUCACGUAUUAAUGUAAAAAUCAAUGUCUAUUUGCGUAAAAUAUGUAUAUAACCGUAUUGAUUUUAGAAUUCUUAGCUGGCGUAUCUCCGAUUACGAGAUAUGGUGUGAUCUCUAAAAUAACGAAUAAUACUCCUGGCAUAUAAAGUCUAUUGUAAAGUCUUCCAGUGUUUUACGUUACGUACGGUUGUAGAAUUUAAGUUCAAGAUUUAGUCACGUCCGAUGAUGGUCCGACAACUGAUACAUUAAUUGGUUGAGGAUAUCCUUGUUAUAUACAUGUAAGGACUGAGUCAUUCUUUCUAUCGUCAUUGCGAACACAAGCGAAUAAGUAGCAGGAACUGGGACCAGGAUCAAGGGGAUUAACAUGCAGCUUGCAACACACCGAGAAGAACAUAUGCUCGCAAUAAUAGCAACAGCAAGGACAAAAAAAUAACCGCAACAAUAAAUAGUGAACUUUAAAUAAACGAUAACAAUAAUAAGAUUAACAAUAUAUUGCUAACGAUUACGUUGAUUAUUGAUGAUAUGUGGUAAUAACUGAUAAUAUGAUAUUAAUAGAGAGAAAAAGAAUAACUCUAGCAAAUGUGUAAUUUUAGUAGCAUUUAGCAGCAGUAACAGCAGCGACAGUAACAAUAGUAGUAUAUUAAUUAAUAGUAAAUACUAGCUCUAAUGAUUACAAUAAUAAUAGAUGUGCUUCUCGAAAUAAGGGAGAGAAAUUAUCUUAUCGGCGAGAGAAAUUAUUAUUAAUGAAAAGACGGAGAUCUCAUCGCGCAUUGUGCAUACUCAUUAUCUCUAAGUCAAAAUAAUCCAACAGAGAGAUUCGUCCGAGUUAAGCUGGGUGUACAUUCAAGAGUUUUACUUUCUAAUAAACUCUCGAUAAAACACUGUUUAAAGUUAGGACCCCGAAUGGCUCUUAAUGGCUAUGGUCUGUUCUAAAAACUAAUUAGCCUUCAAAAGGGUAAAUCUUGAUACAUAUACACACACACACACACAUACACAUCUGAAUGCUAUAGAUAUAAAAAUUUAUAUAUAUAUAUAUAGAAAACGAUAUAAAGAAAUGUUUAGUAAAACUCUCAAUGAACAUCUGCUUUCAAAGGCCACUGUGUUCUUGCGUACCAUCCACAAAGGUUUCGUUUUUCGUGUCCGUGUGAAUGAUGGAUAGCUUAAUUAGUGAUUAAUACGAGAAGAGUCCGACUACAGAUCUCGAGCGAACUAUCGAAAAUUAUCUCACGCGUUACAGUAGAGUUUUACAUCCCUUUAAUUAUUUUACGAUUUUGACAAGAAUUGGAUAAAAUAUUAUAUUAAAAAAAAAACGGGUCUUUUUAGUGUUAAUUUUACACGACACGCAUAUAUAUACACACACUCGUAUAAAUACAAACAUAGCUCCAUAAAAGACGAAUAAUACUUUGUAUACUUUAUAGAUAAUCGGUGUACAUAGUUCGUCAAUAUGUACGUAAAAGUAUAAGCUAACCGUAAAAAAAAAAAAAAUAGAGACGUUGACGAAAGAUAAUGGGUCAUACGAAAUUGUAUUCAUGUCUUGUUAAUUUUAUCAAAUACGUGAUGUAUAUACGUGUAUAAGGCAUAGUAUGUGCCAGUCGAAUAUUGGAGGCGAAUAGAAGUUAAAGUUUUAAGGAAGACAGUCGUUUUGUUGUCACUGAAAAAUGUGAGAGCGGAUGUGUGUGUAUUUAAAUGAAUGUUGGACAAUGCUUACAUUUCGAGGGUGUCAGGAUACUAUAAAAUCGAUUCAUAUCUGAUGCUAACAAAGCAUUAAUCCACGAUCUUUACUGGCGUUUCCCAUUGAUUAUACUUGUUUUCAAUUGUAUGUGUUAAUGUGUAUUUAAUAACUGCAUUUACACUCAUAAAGAAAGUGUUUAAUAUUAAAAUAUAUUCUAUUUUUGUCUGUGUUUUAAAAUAGUAAAAACGUUUUAAAUAGCAUUUAGAUUUGAAACAUUAAAACUUGCAAAGCUGUUAAAGGUGUUUUAGCUUUAAAUGUUUUGUAUUUGUCAUUUUAAAUUUUACAAUGCCGCUAAAACAUUUUUAAUUUAAGCAGCGUUUAUUUAUGUAUUUAAAAAACGGAGAUAAAACUAAAACAUUUUAACAUCUUAAAAUUAAACACUUUUUUAAUGAAUGUAAUUCUAUUGAUUUCACGCAAUUUGUUUCACGUGUUACAAAUCGUACUAAUGUUAAAGAUAAUUUUCUUAGUCUGUCUGGAUUUGUUAGAACUGGAUAUUUAUAAAUACCCAACAAAAUUGUAUAAACGCGAUUUACGAGUUAAAAAAAUUAUAUACUGUAAAUGCCAAAUUGAAAAUUGAAAUUUAUGUUUCUUAUAAUACUGUAGAUCUCAAAUUCUCAAAAAUCUUCGUGUUGUUGUACGAGUAGGAGUAUCAUCGUCGAGCGACUGUUCUUGUAUGUAGGAAAAACUUUACCGUUUAAAUAAUAACGGGAUAUUAAAUGAAAGAGAUAAACUUUUAUACAUACGAGAUGUUCUCGUGAACGCCAUAUUAUAUGCAUAUUAUGUGUAUAUUCAAUCAAAGCGACCCUUUCUCCUCGCAUCCUAAGGGGAUUGCGUGCGUUUGUUAGCGACAAUUGUACUACUAGUAAAGUAAAGUAAAAGAUAUUAGCCGGGAUCAGCGGUUAUGGGUGAAACUUCUUCAAAGAAUUGAAACUCGAACCGUGAUUAACUGUCAUCCAAGCUAGUAAUUAAUUUAACAAAGGUAUGAAGGUUGCGAGUAAAAGUUCGUCUUAAUUCUCAGAAAUAAUACAUUUAAUUUCUUUUAAUAAUUAAUAAUCGAUGUUUUCUUCUAUUAAAAAAUUUCUAUAAAAUCUAUAAAAUUUAGUAAAGUUUUUUUUUCAUUAACAAACGAAAUAAGAUGAGAUAUGUAUUACAGAAUUUUUUUAGUUUUCGACAAUUAAGAGAAUUUGAUUUUAUAUAUUUGCAAUAAUUAAGCAUUUUGGCAGUAGGUUCCAAAUUGUAACCGCAAGCAAAAUAAGAAAACUAAUAACUACUAACUCGUAUUGACUAUUGUCGCUCACGUGCAAUUACCACCAAGAUCAUGUUGCAGAACGUACUUUUUGUGAAAAACGCCUUAACGUUGCUUGUCUUUUACCUUAGUACGACAAAGCGCGAAAAACCUCUCAUGUCAAAGUAUCGGAUCAAAAUAAUCAUACUAAUGCGAAAGCACGAACGUUAUUUUAUAAAUAUUAUAUUACUGUAUUCUCUCUCUUUCUCCAGAUUUCUCUCUUGUAAUAGGUAGACCGUCGUUUUCGAACGGAGCUAAUGCGAGGAGAAAAAACAUAUUAAUUGACUAAUUAUUAGAACGUGUCUCAUGUGGCUCAAUAGGCUGCGCCGAGGCCUUCCUCGAAAUUGUAAAUAGUAUAAUUAUUUAAUAUCGCUUAUAUAUACAUAUGAAUUUAGACUUAAACGAAACUGUGAUUUUUUUUUACGUUAUUAGGCGUUAUGUUCGGUUGUCGAUUUAUUUACCGUCUUUUCUGAGUUUCACCCUCACCGAUGUAAUUAAGGCUUUCACAGGCUUACUAAAUGCUUAUAUGUGUUACAUAUAAGCUGUUGGUCAAGAGCUUGAAUGCUACUCUUAAAAAAGUUUGAAGUUCAUACUAUCAUGUUCAAAUUAUUGUAUAGGUAUUUUUUUGGCAGUAAAAGGACAAAAUAACAUAAAGAACAAAUAAAGUAAAAUAAAAAACCGAACAUUGCCGAACAUUGACAAGAUUCUUGAUACGAUGAUAUUAAUGUAUUAAUUAUUGCUGUACAGCAACACUAUUAGAAUUUUUAGUGACGCUUUAAUGUAUGAAAAGAUUAACAAAGGAAUGGAAGAAAGUAUUGCUCGAGUUAUUGACCGACAGUGUAUAUUUUUUAAUGUUUUUAUGUACUUUUUACUUAUGCGCUAAGCGGUUUUUGACGCUAGCUUUAAAUUUGAUCACUUACGAUGUAAAUAUAUAUUAAAUAAACUCUCUUUACGCUUUUCUAAAAAGUAUUAAUAUCGAAGUUCUGUUUUGAGAUCUUCCUAUAGCGUUUGUAAAUUUCGGAUGGAAUUCUGUCAAAGAUAAAAAUUUCAAUAAAUCAGGCUCCCUUCGAUGAUUGCGCUUCUGUGCAAUUCGUGUACAGUUUGUAAAUUGCGUGCUCCGUCGCGAGAUAUCUCACGUGAGAAGGAUACUUGGACAGAUUUUGCAAAUAGUUUGCAAGAAAUUUAUCAUAUUCUUAAUUAAUAUACUCCGCUACGAUCACUGAGCGUUAGAACAUAGACCGUAUUUAUUUUAAGCAAAUAUCCUGUAUAAUGAGAUAUAUCAGCAUGGUACCUGUCGAUAUCGAUUGAGUUACAUUGAUGAUCAUGAGUAGCGGGCGAUUUCAUUAAUGUACAGAAUUCUAGUGAGUUUUGCAAAUGCAUCUGUCACAAACGAAAGAGCAUUUCGGGCUGUAAAACUAGGCGUUUUAAUAGUUUAAGAGAAUAUAUAUGAGAAAAGGAAUGGAGAAAAAAUGCGUCAGCAUUUUUUUUUCGAAGGCGCAGUUAAGGAAUCAUGUCAUAAUCACUAUUAUCGAUCUGUUUCCUUUGUAGAUAAUUAUGUAUGUAUGUAAACGCGAAUUAUGUAUGUAAUCUCGUUGCGACAUGCGAACCGUUCGAAUCUGUAAAAUUUGCUCGUCAAAUUAUGAUACAAUAGGAUACUUUUGUUAAAAUUUUUGCCAUACGAUUUGAACGACGGAAUUAAUAAUAGAAUUGACAUUAUAAUGAAUUAUGUAAUUUAAAUCUAUUACAAAUGUUUUAGACGAUGAACGUAUUCGACCUUUUAUCCAAUAAAUUAAAAAUUUUUAUGUCGCUAUUAAGCCGCUAUCAGUUAUAUAACGAGACUUUUUAUAAAGAAUUAAAAACACUUUUAGACAAUUACACGUGCAAUCGAGUAAUUAUAAGUGUAUCGAGCAAUCUAGUAAUAAAAUACUUUCGAUGAUGUUCUCGUUUGUCAAAUAUUAAAAAAGACUGGAUUCGAACAGCGCAACUAGAUAUUUAAGAGACGUACUUCUAUUAAAAUCUAUCUAAGUACUUCGUUUCUAUCAUAAUUGUUCGACAUUAUCAUCAACAUUAUUAUCUGUCUUUUAUAGACUGUCAUGAUCAUCGUCAUUAUCACCCUCUAUGUCCAGAAUGACAACAAAUGUAAUGUAAUACAAUAGUAAUUGUUAUCUUCUGUGCUAUACAAAAGGAAAAAUACACAUUGACAUAUGAUCACAA